CGUAAAGGGGACAUGCUGUCGGAGCCCUGCGUGUAACCUAUGGCUGCUGUCACAGACGUUAUAUUCUCCACGGUAUAUACAGAACAUAAGGAAGCGAAGGUCAUCUGCGCCCAUCUGUCGGUGCACGCUGGGGCACUGGAUUUGCGCCCUGGAAUAGAUGCCGCCUGCUGCUGGGUAAGGAGCACGUGACUGAUACAGAGGUGGUCAGGAUUUCCAUGUUUUUUCCUUUGGAUCGGAGGAUAACGUUGUCAUACUGAGGAUGAUGCACAGACUUCCCUUCGGCCAGCUCUUCUUGGCUGUGUUAUUAGGAUUUGCUGGUGGUGUCUAUAUCUACAAGCCUCUUUUACAGCAGGUCAUGCAUGAGAAGAGAGCAGUGGAAGCGGACAUUACUGCCACAGAUACCGCGGAAAAAGGAAAGGAAUAAAGCCUUGGCUGGAUUGUCGCAGAUGUACUUGUAAUGGCGGCUGCUCUGUGUAUGGUUGUUGACUUAUAAUAAUACAUCUAAGAGAAAUGUG